AUGAAACCGGGACUUGGACCUGACGAUGGCGCGUGGCAAGAUAUCGAAGAUGAUUUUGAUUUAGUAAACCAUCAGUUAUCAGAAGAGCAUCAACAAAUCAUUUCAGCACUCAACUCAAAUCUGUAUCAACGCAAAAGGCUAGAAUUGGAAGCGAAAUGGGUCAGUGCGGUUGAGGCAAUGGUGGAUGUGUAUAUCAUAGGCCGAAAAAACACUAGAAAUUGGGGAGAUGGGAUACUUUGGACACAUGAUUAUAAAAUACCAUGUGGCUGCGUAGGGUAUUCACGAGUAGUCACCUUAGUCGACAUACACAUGACCGGUGUCCUCUCCUGGAUCAACACGGUAGAGAAGAGGCUUGUGAAAUCCUCUGUAAUUCUAGCUGAGUUGCCCAAAUCGGAUCCUAAGUAUACCAUCGAGUAUUUCGAACAACAAUGGGAGCGGCAGCGACUUAUUCAGCAAAAUGUAAUCAAUGCUACUACUCGUAGGCUGAAAGAACAAAUGGGUGUUCUAUUGGAUCUUGAGGAAGAUUUAAUUGAGGCACGGGAUACUCUGGCCCUUUUGGAAGCAGGUACCGCCGCUCUACGUACUCAAGAGCAACAGCACGACCUGCUGGACCUGCCCAGGACACUUACAUCGCUGGAGAACAAGAUUCAAAAUGUAGCUAAUGAGUUGGGCUCCCAACAGUUUCGAGAGCUAACAGGAAUGACCGACGAUCGAGCUAAACCUAGGAUGUUACUCCAAAUUGCCAAGUCCAAGAUGUACGGAGCAAAGGUUGAGUGUAUUGAAAUGCAAUGUCGAGCAGACGGAACUACUGGUGUGGAUCCAGUGACAAUAUCACUUCAAUUGGACAUUGCAAAACGGGCAUGCAAACUUUGGAUAUCAUGGAAAUGGGGCAUCGAAGAUGUCAUGUCUCGGACAGCACCCUAUCUUGAGCUUCCAGAUGGUUUUGAUGGUGACUUGUUAUCACAAUGGCAUGCUUUGGUCGAUUCAUGCCCAGGUCAAUGGGCUGAAAUGACUGGGACUCCUAAUGAAACAGAUGAUGAUGAUGCGGACGAGGGGUUAUUGGAUGUUGAACUGCUUGAGGAUCUUGUGGGUAAUAUGCAGAUUGUAUUGUAG